UAUAAUUCUGAAUUAGUCUAACUGCGCGCGCGCCGUAAACAGACGCGUCUAAAAUAAACCAAAAUGGCCGGCCGUGCAACGCAGUGUUUAUUGAGCAUUCCAAAGAGGGGUUAUAGCUCAAAAGCGGAUAAAAAUGUGGCCUUUCUCGGCCUUGGCAAUAUGGGAGGGUUUAUGGCCGCAAACCUAGUCAAAAAGGGCUUCGCUGUGAAAGGCUACGACCCAUCAAAGGAAGCCGUGACAGCAGCCGCCAAGAACGGUAUCACAGGAGCCACAUCCAUCGCAGCCGCAUUGGAAGGUGCAGACGCCGUGGUCUCCAUCCUGCCCAGCAACAAAGUGGUCCUGGACGCGUAUCUUGGAAAAGAUGGCGUCGUUGCACAUGCACCCAAAGGAACCCUACUCAUAGACUCUAGCACAGUGGACCCCAAUGUUCCCAAACAAAUUUUUCCAGUAGCCAUUGAAAAGGGGGUUGGAUUCAUCGAUGCCCCGGUAUCUGGAGGUACAAUGGGAGCCCAGAAUGCAACUCUCGCGUUCAUGUCAGGAGGUCGCAAGGAGGACUUUGACAGAUCCCUCCCCAUGCUGAAGGCGAUGGGAGCCAAGCAGUUCCACUGCGGUGAGAUUGGCGCUGGCCAGGUCGCGAAAUUGGCCAAUAAUAUGCUCAUGGGCAUCACUGGCAUGGCCACGGCUGAGUGCAUGAAUAUGGGUAUCAAAAUGGGUUUAGACCCCAAGGUUCUCCUAGAUGUCUUGAACAACUCCUCGGCCCGCUCGUGGUCUACCGAGGUCUACUGCCCGGUGCCUGGCCUGGUGCCUACCGCUCCUUCUAGCAAGAACUAUGACGGUGGCUUCAAGAAUGAACUCAUGGUCAAGGAUCUGGAGCUCGCCAGUGGCAUGGCUCUCGGCAUCCGGUCACCCAUCCCGCUCGGGGCCGUCGCGACUCAGCUGUACCGAAUGGCGCAAACAAGAGGCUUCGGACAAAAGGACUUCUCAUAUAUUUAUCAGCUUUUGAAAGAAGAUAAACAAUAGAUAAUAGAAUUUUUAAAAGAUAAA